GAUAGCUAGUCCUGAGUCACGACUGGGAAAGAGCACAACAGGGCUGGGACCUCAUCACCACUCCAUUAUAUUCAUCUUUGCUCCUCACUGCUCUCAUUGACUUCCAAGUUUACAAUUUAGAAGGCUCAGAGCGACUCCUCCUUAGGUGGUAGUGAUGGCGAAGAUCGCGUUGGGCACUCAUCGAGAGGCAACCAAGCCUGACUGCCUCAAGGCACUGGUCGCCGAGUUCAUCUGUACUUUCCUCUUUGUCUUUGCCGGAGUUGGUGCCGCCAUGACCACCGGUAAGAUGCUUGGAGAUUCCCUGGUGGGGCUCUUCGUCGUUGCGGUGGCGCAUGCACUGAUAGUAGCUGUCAUGAUCUCCGCCGGCUUCCAUACCUCCGGUGGCCACCUCAACCCCGCCGUCACUUUGGGACUUGCCGUCGGUGGUCACAUCACUAUCUUUAGAUCUAUCCUCUACUGGAUCGAUCAGUUGCUGGCAUCUUCACUUGCUUGUAUCCUCCUUCAAUACCUCACCGGAGGACAGGAGGUGCCAGCUCACACACUUGCGAGUGGGAUGGGGGUCUUACAAGGAGUGAUAAUGGAAAUAGUUCUCACCUUCUCCUUGCUUUUCACAGUUUACGCGACCAUUGUUGAACCCAAAAAGGGAUCUCUAGAUGGAUUUGGUCCACUUCUGACUGGGUUGUUGGUUGGUGCCAACAUAUUGGCUGGUGGGCCUUAUUCGGGGGCUUCAAUGAACCCGGCCAGGUCCUUUGGACCGGCCUUGGUCAGCGGUGUCUGGACCGAUCAUUGGGUCUACUGGGUUGGCCCGCUUAUUGGUGGUGGACUUGCUGGUUUUUUCUACGAGAACUUCUUCAUCGUCAGAACUCAUGCUCCACUCCCUAGAGACGAAGAAACUUUCUAGACCCAUUAGCGCAUUAAAAUCUCUCUCUCUCUCUCUCUCUCUCUCUCUCUCUCUCUCUGCUUGUAUGUUGUAGCUCAUGCUCUUGUAUGUCUCCAGCUUGUUGUGUGCUUGUAUGUUGUAAGGUUAGAUCCUAGCCUCUUACCUUCCACAAGCCUCGUAAUUAAUAUAAUUUCAGGCUGGGUUGCUGUA